CAAAAAGGGGGGAUGGGAGAGAAAUCUCAUCAGAUCCCUUCUAUUCCCCACAGUAUUUUUUGUUUUUAAUCUAUAUAGGUGUUUUGCCUGCAUGCUAGGAAUUGAACCUGGGUCAUCUGGAAAAGCAGCAAGUGCUUUUAACUACUGAUCCCUCUCUCUCUAGCCUCCUAAAUUUUUUUUUUUUUUUUUGGUUUUUCGAGACAGGGUUUCGCUGUGGUUUUGGAGCCUGUCCUGGAACUAGCUCUUGUAGACCAGGCUGGUCUCGAACUCACAGAGAUCCGCCUGCCUCUGCCUUCCGAGUGCUGGGAUUAAAGGCGUGCGCCACCACCUCCUGGCUGCCUCCUAAAAUUCUUGAGUUCCUGAAAAGUCUCACCUUCAACUUGGGCACCUUAACCCAAUUUACAGUCACCAGUGACAAGAUCUUGAGGAAAUGAGGACAAAUUUCUGACCAAUAUAUCAAAGAGGCUUGGCUGGUGGCUCAUGCCUUUAAUCUCAGCACUCAGGAAACAGUGACAAACAGAUCUUUUCUAACCUUUGACCUAUUCUUAUUGUUGUUCAGUAUGAUGAUCAUUCCGUUUUUCAAGACAGGGUUUCUCUGUAGCUUUGGAGCCUGUCCUGGAACGAACUCUUGUAGACCAGGCUGCCCUUGAACUCACAGAGAUCAGCCUGCCUCUGCCUCCCAAAUGCUGGGAUUAAAGGCCCCACCACCAACAGGCUUUCAAUCUAAUUUUUUUAAACCCAUUUACUUAUAAAUAUGGUGGGGUCAUGCCAUGGUGUAUAUAUGGGGGUCAGAGGACAAUCUGCAAGACUGAUUUUCUCCUUCUACCGUGUAAGUCCCAGAGACUGAAGUCAGGUCAUCAAGCUUGGCCACAAGCAUCUUCACCCUCUGAGCCAUCUCGAUGGUGCCACAAUCUUCUUAGUUGGCAUGAAGGAAGUCUGAGCUACUGCCCACAGGCACAGACCAAGGCUCAGGACAUUCUAGGAGCAACUACCCUUCUCCUGGAGGGGGUGAUGGCAGCGCGAGGACAGCUGGAACCCUCCUGCCUCUCCUCCCUCCUGGGACAGCUUUCGGGGCAGGUUCGCCUCCUCUUGGGGGCCCUGCAGGGCCUCCUAGGGACCCAGCUUCCCCCACAGGGCAGGACCACAGCUCACAAGGAUCCCAAGGCCAUCUUCCUGAGCUUGCACCAACUGCUGCGAGGAAAGGUGCGCUUCCUGCUGCUAGUAGAAGGUCCCACCCUCUGCGUCAGGCGGGCCCUGCCCAACACAGCUGUCCCCAGCAGGACCUCCCAACUCCUCACAUUACACAAGCUCCCAAACAGGACUUCUGGAUGGCUGGAGUCGAACUUCAGUGUAGUCGCCGGAACUCCUGGCCCUGGGCUUCUGAACAGGGUUCAAGGACUUGCGACCAAGGUUAUCCCUGGUCAGCUGAAUCAAACCUCCUGGUUCCCAGACCAAAUCCCUGGACACCUGAACAAGACAUACGAACCUGGGAAUGGAACUCAUGGGCUCUUUGGCGCAGCCUCACUUCAGACCCUGGACACCUCAGUUCUGCCAGGAGCUUUGAACAAAGGCUCCCUGCCACCCAACCUCCAAAGUGGAUCUCCCCCUUCUCCUACCCAUGCUCCUGAUGGACACACAGUCGUCUCUCCUUCACCCACCUUGCCCACCCAUAGGUCUCUACCCCAGUUCCACACCCCGCUUCCUGACCCCUCCACCACUGUGCCUACCUCUGCCAGCCCGCAUCCAGUUGCAGCGUCCCUCCACUCCCAGAAUUUGCCUCAGGAAGCGUAAGGGACACAGGCGCAGCCAGUAUCUGCAGUGUCUCUCAGACACAAGCCUUCCCCAGGAGAGGCAGCUGCAGCUGCACUAGGCGUCCUGCUUUCCCUGAAACCCAAAGCCCUGGGAAAGGGCUUCACGGGACAGGCGAUCAUAAAAUUUCAGGAACUAUUUUUUUAACCUAUUAACAAUAUUCAGAGCAGCUAGUUAUCUUUGGUCUAUUUUCUGUAUAAAUUUGAAAAUCACUAAUUCUCUCUAUGUGUUUUCUACAAAGGCCCAGACAGGCCAAGCCUUACAGGUAGAUAUUAACAUUGUAUCCGAAAACAAAAAGGUCAUUUCCUUUACUCCCACCCCAGUGCCCUCAUCCGGUUCUCUGUCUCAGUGAGACUGGUCCUCCUGAUAAAGGAAUAACAAGUUACCUCUUAGACAGACACCCCUAUUUAGAGACAAAACUGAGCAUCCAAGAGCCAACUAAAAAUCAAGGGAGCAAUAUUCUUCUCAGGGGCAACAGAUCUCCUGGACCCUGCCUCCCAGGAAACCUAACAGGAAUUCCGCCUGGGGAACCCCAUUCCUCAGGUAAGGCUGUGCAAAUGGUUCAGUAAAGACUAGACCUGGACAUGGCAGCUGAGCAAACAGCUAAGUGCAGCAGCAGCUCAGCAGGAGCUGAGCCAGGCCUGGGCUCCUGCUUCCCUCCUGUGGAGGUCAGGCGGAAGUGCAGGAAGUGGCAAGAGCAAGGCUCCAUAACUCACACAGCAGGACAAGCAGAGCAGCUAAGGCUCUUUCUACUUCCCACAAAUGCAUCUAAAAAGCAGCCUUGUGUGACCACCUUGAACUCCACUGGGAACCCCCAAAAUGAAGGCAAACUUCUGGGGGUUUUGCAAGUUAAGUGCUUUGUUGGUGCUAGAAAUUUACAUUACACAAAAACAAAACUGUAUUGCCGGGGUUUACCUGCUACCCCAGAGCCUGUGAGAGGCUGGUGGGAGGGAGGUCUUCCUCACUCCUGUCCCAGAGUACAGGAGGAGGCUGCCAUGAAGGUGGAGAAGCCAGGAUCUCAGAAUUCCAAACACUGCCACAGCAAAAGCAAGAGAACAGUGUUCUUCACAGAGGCAAUAGGCGCCCCAAAAUCUCCCUCCCCACAACUCUGUAUGGUAGAUAUUAGCCAUCUAAUAUCUACACAUGAAGACACCAAGACCAGAAGGGCUUCCCAAUGGUCACACAGCCUUCAGGCAGAAAAAGGAUACCCAGCCUGAGUCGCAGCCCUACCCAGUAUGGUGGCAUCUGAUACCCUCCAGUCAGUCUAUGUAAUAGAGAUGUUGUCCGCUCUUGUGGUUUGUUUCUUUCAAAACAGGAUUUCAAAAAAAACCAGAAACAAAACAAACAAAAAAAAACAGGAUUUCAUUGUGUAGCUCUAGCUAUCCUGGAACUCACUUUGUAGACCAGGCUGGCCUCAAAUUCAGAGAUCCAUCUGCCUCUGCCUCUUGAGUGCUGGGAUCAAAGGCGGGUGCCACCACCACCCAGCUGUAAAUACAUUCUUAAGAAGCUCUGGGAAGACCAGAGCUUGUGGUGGGGAUGAAAAUUCAGUCAUUUCCAGGUGUCCCUGUGGGCAGAACCUGGGGCAGAAGUCAACAAAUGCACAAAGCUAAAGAAUGUUAUCAAAAUCUCAGAGAGUCAGUCAGUUUCUAGGCAAGAGUAGUUUACCAACAAAUUCUAGGGUGAGUCUAAUUUGUAAUUUGUUGUAACACUAAAGGAGGUUAAACUUAACACACUUAAAAAUAAAUUUAGGAGGGCAGGCUCCAAAGCUACAGAGAAACCCUGUCUCAAAAAAAAAAAAAACAAAAUAAAUAAAUAAAUUUAGGGUGGGUGAGAUGGCUCAGUAGGUGAAAGGGCUUAAAUGCAAGCCUGACAUGAGUCUGAUGCCUGGAACCCAUGGAAAAGGAAAGAACCAACUCCCAAAGUUGUCUUCCAACCUCAUGCAUGCCAUCCCAUGCUGAUACCCACACUUGCACAUAUACAUCACACACAAACAACCAAAGUUAAAGGGCAAAAAGAGUUGGAUGUGAUGGUACAUGUCUGUAAACUCAAUACUUUGAAUGUAGAUACAGGAGGAUCAGGAGUUUAAGGCCACCUUCGGCUAUACAAGGACUCUGAGUACAACACAGACUACAAAAGACUGUCUCAAAAAUUGAUUUUCAAGCCGGGCGGUGGUGGAGCACGCCUUUAAUCCCAGCACUCAGGAGGCAGAGGCAGGCGAACGAGACCAGCCUGGUCUACAAGAGCUAGUUCCAGGACAGGCACCAAAAACUACAGAGAAACCCUGUCUCGAAAAUAAAAAAAAUUUAAAAAAAAUUAAUUUUCAUGGCAGGGACAUAGCUCAGUGAUAGGGCUCUUGCCAGCACAAAGUCCUGGGUUCAAUUCUCAACACAAUAAAACACAGAAGAGCCAGCACCCAGAACAAGAUACACCAGAGACCAAAACUGAGGGUUGUCAGUGGUCAGAAGACAAGUGAAAAUGCUGAACCAACGUAGCUGACGUUCCAGGCAUCUGAGAAACUGGUUUCUACAAUGUAAACCAAUCUGAAAUCUGCCCUCUUAAGAGGAACCCUGAAACAAGGUGUGUCGGUGCAUGCCUGUUAAGUGCACAGUGGGGUUGAGGCAGGAGGGUCACAAGUCCAAGGUCUUCCCUGAUUAUACAGCAGGUCUCAGACCAGCUGGGACUUCAGGUUCCACCUUUAAAAAAUUGUUUUACCCCUGCCUGAAGAUCCAGCUCAGCGAUGUGACACUUGCCUAGUAAGCCUUGGACCAUCAGAACCAAAGCAGCGUCUAAACCAAAUCAUUCUGUGCAGCUGAGCCCAUCACUUCUUCCCCAACACACACACAACUAAGAGAUGCUGGCAAGAGCGCAAUCUCUGGGACCCACAUGGCAGGGAAAAGGGACUCCUCAAGGCUAUCUUCUCCCUCACACACAUACAAGUAAAACAAAUGUUUGAAACAUCUUUUUAAAAGCUUCUAAGCAAAACACAUUUCUACUUAAGUCUCCCUUUUUCUUGCUGGGGCAGCCUGCUUUGACAUUCUAUCACUAUUUCUGAUGAGGGCCUCCCACUGUAAUCUAAUCCAACACCUCAAAAGCCUGACUCCAUGGGAUGAUUAAAAGAUUCUAUUAGAGUUCAUCCCAACCCCCAAUGUAUCACACACACCCUACUGUGGAAAGUUUAAAAAAAAGAAAAAAACCAAACCUCUUUGCUCUUCCCUGCUGAGGCCACUCAUUUUCAACCAUUUCUCUAAACACUGUUUCUAACACCUCUUGUAAAGACUAAAGAAAAAGAUGGGAAGGAAGCACCCCAGGCAUCCCAGCAGGGUGACCAGCUCCUGUGACAAACCCAGGACGUCAAGAGACAACUGGGGGUUAGAUAAAAAAAUAAAUAAAUAAAAAAUCAAAACCUCAAUUCAGUCCCCAGAUGGUAGAGAGAAAGAGAGAGAGAGAGAGAGAGAGAGAGAGAGAGAGAGAGAGAGAGAGAGACAUUUAGAUUCCUUUGUAGCACACAGAAGGGCUAUGGAUUUGAGACCC